CCAUCUUCUCCGAUCCUCUCAACAAAUCACAUCUCCAAAACAAACACCAAAUUCCUUCCUCACCACGUAACCGAUCUCACGAUGUCGAAAGACUUCAACGUCCCGCCGGUCAUCUUCCCCACCGGCGGCAACCCCAACACCGCCCCACAACGCCGCCUCCCCACCGCCCCAUUCCAACCACCCAGAUCCUCAAACCCUAGCAUCCCCUUCAUGUCCUUCGACAUCGGUUCAUCUCCAGCCUCCACCUCCUUCUCCACUCCUCAAUUCACCAACAUCUCCGGCACCGGCUCAACAAACUUCGACGACGAACCCCCUCUCCUCGAAGAACUCGGCAUAAACACCAAACAAAUCUGGCACAAAACCCUCUCCAUUCUAAACCCGUUUCGAGUCAAACCAGAUCUUCACGAACAGGCUGAUUUAUCCGGUCCGUUUUUGUUUCUUAUGGCGUUUGGAUUGUUUCAGUUGCUUGCUGGGAAGUUGCAUUUUGGGAUUAUUUUGGGGUGGGUGACUGUGGCGUCUUUGUUUUUGUAUGUGGUGUUUAAUAUGUUGGCUGGGAGGAAUGGGAAUCUGGAUUUGUACAGGUGUUUGAGUUUGAUUGGGUAUUGUAUGUUGCCGAUUGUGAUGUUGUCUGCGUUUGCUUUGUUUGUUCCUCAAGGUGGGAUUGUGGUGUUUGUGUUGAUGGGGGUUUUUGUCAUGUGGUCGACUCGGGUUUGUACCGGUUUGUUGGUGGAGUUGGCGUCGUAUGGGGAUGAGCAUCGCGGGCUUGUUGCGUACGCCUGUUUCUUGAUCUAUAUGUUGUUUUCGUUGCUAGUUGUGUUUUGAGUUUCGAUAUUGUUUUGGUGCUGUCAUGUGGGUUUAAUCUUUGUUUGAUGUUUUAACGUUUGGAUUACGUAUAUCGCGGACAUAAUGGAUAGAUUUUGUAAACUAGUUGGUAUUGAGUUUAGGGUUUAUCAUGAUGAAUGAAUGAACGAUUUGCAUAUGGUUA